GCUGUUCUCUCUUCACCGAUAAGCACACAUGCAUGUGCAAGUAGCGGGCUGCAGCUCAGAGCGUGUUGUACUUCUUCACACUCUAUAUGCUUUGAAUAACCAUGUGGCAAAUUAAAUCUCGGACUGCGAUUAAUGGAGAGCUGCUUCAAGUGGAGUUUGUCAACAGAUAUUGCACCAGUCGUGCGUAAAAAUUGGACUGGCACAUUUCUCCUGACGUCGGGUGUGACUUGGUGAAGCGGUUUGCCAGGCGUUUGGCGGACCGGUACCCGCGUAUGGAGCAAGAAUGAAUAAAGGAUGUUCAUUGCUGAGACUGAGAAGCAAGUUCUUUCCUUCGUUCCUGUCACUGCUGACUCUGUGUGCCUUGCUAUUAAUCAGAGUGAAGUACAUCAACGAAACAGAACCUUCCCCGGCAGUUCAAGAUGACAUCCAGACAUUUAACAAAUACAAUAUUAACUGUUUGGCUAUAUAUGACAUGGACCCAGUGGAGGUGGGUAAAUCGCUGAUCAUCAGAAGGAACAAGGUGGUGGAGGACAAGGAUGAAAGCCUGGUUAACCUCACCUCAAACUGCCCGUGGUUCAUCAAGUCCAGGGGGUAUGAUGACGUGUGUGUCUCAGAGGAGGAGAAAGACUUUCCUCUCGCUUACUCACUGGUUGUGCAUAAAUCUGCAUGGAUGGUAGAGAGACUCAUCAAAGCGCUGUACUCGCCCAGCAAUAUCUACUGUCUCCACUAUGAUCAAAAGUCUUCAGCUCAGUUCAUCGCAGCCAUGGAGGGUUUAGCCCACUGUUUGCCCAAUGUCUUUAUCGCCUCCAAGCGAGAGAAUGUCUUUUAUGCGAGCAUCAGUCGAUUGAAAGCUGAUCUCAACUGUCUGUCCGACCUUUUGGGGUCAGAAGUCAAGUGGAAGUACGUCAUCAACCUCUGUGGUCAGGAUUUCCCCCUCAAGUCUAAUAUCGAGCUUGUGUCAGAACUGAAGAAGUUAAAGGGAGCUAAUAUGCUGGAGACAAGCCGCCCCACUGAUGCCAAGAAGCAGAGGUUCACCUUUCACUACGAGCUGAGAGAUGUCAGCUUUGAAUAUCAGAAACUGCCAGUGAAAACGGAGCAGGUGAAGCCACCGCCACCACACGGUAUCGAGAUGUUCAUCGGGAAUGCCUACUUUGUCUUGUCACGGGACUUCGUGGUGCACAUAGACUCCUCGGAGGUGGUGAAAGAUUUUCUGGCCUGGUCAGAGGACACUUACUCCCCAGAUGAACACUUCUGGGCCACACUUGUGCGACUGGAAGGUGUACCCAGUGGGGUGCACAGAUCCCAGCCUGAUAUCACUGACCUGAUGAGUAAGACCAGGCUGGUGAAGUGGCAAUACCUGGAGGAGAACCUAUACCCACCGUGCUCAGGGGAACACGUUCGUAGCGUUUGUAUUUUUGGGGCACCAGAACUGCGUUGGUUACUUAACUAUGGGCACUGGUUCGCCAAUAAGUUUGACCCCAAAGUGGACCCCAUUCUCAUUCAGUGCCUUGAGGAGAAGCUGGAGGAAAAACAAAGAUUAUUCCAGUCAGUGGCAUCUAAUACAUGUCGUAAGGGUUAACCCAGGGCUGCAGUAUACUGUACUGUGUCAUCAGCAGAAAACGAAUCUGCAACAAUCUUAAUAAUGGUUUAAAGGUUCCAUAUGUAAUGUGAGUUAAGAGAGGCAUUUUUAUGUAUUAUUUUUUUUAUUGACAAAGAGUCUUUCCCAACUU